AUCGGUAAAAUCGAAAUGUGUUGUGUUGCUCGUUAGUGUAAGCAUAGCUAACCCAACCCAUCACAGACUAACGUUGGCAACAUUAGCUGAUGUUCAAACGUCCAACCACUUGAGCUUUUACAUUUUCCUGUAUUUGAGUGUCCACAGAGUCGCAGCCCUGCAUUCCAAAAAGGAAGACGAGUACUUCAUCAUGAACUCCGACGACGGUGACCUGGAGAACCAGGCAGAGUUGGAGGAAAAGACGAGGUUGAUAAACCAGGUGCUGGAAUUGCAACACACACUAGAAGAUCUUUCUGCUCGUGUUGAUGGCGUCAAGGAGGAGAACCUCAAGCUGAAGUCAGAGAAUCAGGUUCUUGGUCAGUACAUUGAGAAUCUUAUGUCCGCUUCCAGCGUCUUUCAGACCACAGACACACGGAACAAGCGGUCCAAGUGAAAGGGUCCAGACUUCCACAACUCCCCAUUAUACACCACCACUAUCCGCGGCACACAUCACUAUCGGACCAACCCUUCCAGACACGACUUCUUGUUUUACCAUUUACUCACUUCUGCAGCUUACUGCUCAUGGGGGGUAUUCCAAGAAAGUGCUUCAGUACCAAACCAGAUUAAUAAAACAGCCUGGAGUCAACCAAAUGUUGCCUGCAGACUAGCUACAACGGGGGUGUCAAACUCAAAUUGCCCGAGGGCCAAAAUCAAAGUCGCGGGCCAAAGUCAAUAUUUAUUUUAGAAAAACGGGUCUAAAAUUGUGCACAUACACAUAAUGUUACUCACAAGCAGAUUCCCAUCAUAGUUCAAAUAUGCCUUCACAUAUUCUGUUGUUGCAUUUGAGUGUGAGCUGUUCCACUGACCUGGACCCACUCAUAUUCCUGGGAUGCAUGGAAUUUCAUUUUCUAGUAUUACUACGCUAUACAUUUAUGAUGUAUGUGGGCCAACUUAAAGACACAUUUGAAAUGAUCUCAUGGGCCAAAUAAAAUGACUCACCGGGCCAGAUUUGGUUCCAGGGCCUGAGUUUGACACCCCUGAGCACUGGCAGAUUUUCCACUUUCUGUAGGUCAACUUAGCCAGGUUUCUCACUCAAACAUUAUUCUUUGGAUUCCCUCCAACUCGGUGGUUUACUGACUGACUGAUAAGUUAACUCAUGAUAAGGGGUGCAAGAGCUCUAUGGCUUUGUUUAGUUAGGUGAAUUAAGCUACACAGCACCUCUAGUAAUAGGUUUGCCACUUGUUAGGUGUUAACCUGGGGGGGAUUCCAAGAAGGUAGCCCAGUAGUAAGCCUGCUUAGUUAACCUUGAGUUAGUGGUAAAUCAUCUAAUACAAAGAGCUUGGAAUGUAAAUGACGCUUGAAUUGUAUGUUACCUGUUAGCAGGUUCACAGAUUCCUGUUAGCCAGGUGUGUCACCUAACCAUGUUCUUGGAAUACCCCACUGAUUUAAGUGUCAGCCCCUACUUCCUGGCUUGGUUAACUUCUUGUAUUGUCAAUACUGACAUGUAGUGAUCUCAAGACUAUUUGUUAAUUUGCAUUUGCACCAAUAUAGUAGUCAGUAUUGGGUUUUUUGUUUGUUUGUUUGUUUUCUUAUGCACCUUUUGUCAAGGUUUUACAUUAUUGUUUACAUAACUUAAACGGCUUAGUAUCAGGGAAUAUUGACAAAGAUGUUAUAAUGUUUUACAAAAGUGUUGAACUUCUAAACAAGUGUUCAUUUUAUUUGUAUGUAUUUAUCUUUUUGAUAUUUUGUUAACAAUUGACAGGGUUACUGAUAUAGCUUGACUUUUUCUUUGUAUGUUUUGUAACUUUUGUGGGAAAAAAAGCUGCUAUGCUGGUGCAAGAACAACUGUAGUGAUGAUAACAGCUGUGAGCUUUGCUGUGAGCCGAGUACAUUUUUAUUAAAAUGUUAAGACUAGUGGUGCCAAGUGAAAUGGACCCUGGGUUACCUACAAAGUUGACAAAUUAUGCAUAGUCAAACAAAUGUUACUAGUAACUGAUAUGCAAGAUCCAAGAUAAUGACAGAUUUGAUGCAGUUAACAAACGUCAGUAAUGCAUUUCUUUGCUCUUGCAUGCCUACCCUCACAUUAUGUGUUUUACCCAAUGUCUAGCAUUUUAGACACAUUUUAAUAUUUAUGCCAAUAAUAAACAAUCAUCCUUUUGAUGUGACGAUA